AUGACUUUCCAUUUCGAGGCAACUACUGGUUGGAAGGAAUUCGUGGUGUGGCCUCACCGGAAACCGGAGCAGGAUUGCCACGUGGGGAGGACAGCUGAAUUGGACUCCGAUGUAAUUCAACAGUCUUCGCUGACUGGCAAUCCUGCCUCGGUUUCCGGUGCGACGACAUCACGAAUUGCUUCCAACCAAUUUCUCCCUCGAAACCCAAUUUAUCUUCAUGUGAAUUGGGGCUUGUCUAAACGGGCGACCGGAAGAUGGACAGAUGAGAAGAUGUCGCCAGAAUCGGAGAGGCGUGACGGCCGGUAGCGUGAAACCAACGGGGACGUGGCAUGGAUUGUCGCUCCCCGGCCUGACCUCGGCCUACGGGCCGGCAUUGGCUGGUCGCCGGGGCGACGGGAAAACAGGGUCGUCCGAGGGUUGCGAGGCCAGCCCAACAACAGCCGAUCCCCGAGGCCAAGCAAUACACCAGCCCGUCUCGCUCUCAUUCACUCGCCGUCGUUGCUACGACAAAUAUUUCCUUUCCGCCUGGUCAGAAAGUACCUGAUGCUGUGCUUCGUCUCGGCGAGCAAGCAACAUGCCGAACUGGGUCAGGGCGCAGGUGCAAGAACACGUGCACCUCCGAUCAAGUGCACACGAGUUGUGUGCUGCGGCGCCAAUCCUCUCGACGGGUCGCCACCCCAUCGCUACACCCCUUCCCCCCACCCCCACCCCCCAGCCGGGAUACAUCUCUCCAAACGUCCUUUGCCUCCCGUAUCACCUUCGGCCUGUACUAUAAGUUCAAGAGCGAGGGUGUGUUUGCACACGUGUCUCCGAGUCUGCAAGGUCGGCUCCGCGACUGGCGGCGUGUGCAGGUUGUGCCGUGCGUUGAUUCAUCAGUCUCGUGGCGCGAGAGACAAUUGUGCGUUUGUGCGCCCUGGUGACCAGCAGCACGGGGCACCGGACCGGCGUUGCUCGGGCGUUCGGACGGCAGUCGAUUCCGGCCAGCGCCGACGCUCGAGCCCGCCGUCCGGCGCAUCUGCCUGGCUCCGGGCGAGCCGGUUAGGGUUGAACGACGAGACUGCCGCUCCGGUACCGGGUGUUGGUAUGUUGAGACCGGCCAUUCGCCUUACGCAGGGCCAUUAUCGGCACAAGCUCAGCCAGUUGCUAUGCCAGAAUGCGCACUGA